AUGAAACAAAGCUAUCAUACUAAUAAUAAUAAUGAUCAUAUAUGUAGUAAAUAUAUUCGUUCUGAUAAUGAACAAGAUAGGAUAGUACAUCAUUAUCAUAAGGUUACAGAGUUGGCCAACAUUGAUACUGUUGAUACAGUAUACAAGAGCAUUGAUGAUGAAAAUACUCCAAAGACUCCAACAUUUAAUAAAAAUAAGAAUUCUUUAUUAUAUAAUAAUAUAAAUAGUAAUGGAUCAUUUAAUAGUCCAAUUGUUAAGUCUUCAAUGGAUUUAUCAAUAAAUAGUGUAAAUAGAAGCACAGCUCCUUCUUCAUUAGUAAGUACUCAGUUAAGAGUACGACCAUGUAGUCCUUCUGAAGUAGUAAUAACUACUCCUAAAAAUAAGAAGAUUUGUACAGGACCUCAGAUUGAUUCUUUUUUAGGAUCUCCAAGAGAUAAAAAUCGGUAUGAUAAUAAUUUAGUAAAUAAAAUAAAUGGUCCAUUAAUACUAUCAGCAGUAUUACAAGUUUUGGCUUCAAUACAGAAUACUAAAGGUACUUGUGAUGGGUUAUCUGAAAAUAAAAUAGAUCAUAAUAUUGUGAAAGAUAACUGUAAAAUUAUUAACAAUGCAUCAAAAACAUUAAAUACAAAGUUACCUGGUGUUCCACCAGCAACAGCAGCUCUAGCUCUAGCAUACUGUUUAUCAGUAGCAGCUACAACAGCACAACUACGAAAGAAUGAGAAUCUAACAUCAGAUGAAACACUAUUAACUAUAAAUAAUAUUUCGAAUAAUAUUAAUACUGUAUCAAGUGAGAAACCUGAAAAAAAUGCUAAUAAAACUUUAAAUGUAGAUCAAUUUAAAUUGCCACCAAUGAACUUUUCAUUCAAUCCUAUUUUAUGUAACAAAUAUGAUGGCAUUUCAAAUGAGAAAAUUGACUGUUUGGAUGUAAAUGAGACCAGAUAUAAUAUUAUAGAGGAAUUGAUAGAAAGGAAUAGUGAUAAUUCGAUACUUUCUGGAAAAAUAAGAGAUAAUAUCAAUAUUUGGGAUGAUUUAAAUUUUAUUGAUUUAACAAACAAAAUAGAUUUUGAUAUACCUUAUGAUAGAAAUCAUGCUUUUAAUAGAAAUGAACUUGUAUUUAGUCAUCCGAUUGAAAUAAAUGAUAUAUUUGAAGCCCAUAUAUCUUUUUCUGGUAAAAAUAGUCAAGUAAUAAACAAAUAUAAUGUGCACAUUCAAUCUCUAUGUGAUGGGUUCUUAACAGAUUCAACAGGUAAUUCAUUUAGUAAAAGUAAAAAUAUUUCUUAUAAUAAAAAGAGAAAUGUCACAAUAAACUCAAUGAAUUCUCUUAUUCAAAUGGUUGGUAGUAGGUAA